UCCCAACACACACACACACACACACACACACACACACACACAUUUCUACAACACUGUGGCUCCAUUGGUUGCUGCCGAUGAAUGGAUGAGUUGUUGACCAAUCAGAAGCAUGUGACCGGCGAAUAUGUAGGCUGAUCAGCAUCAGCCAGCCGCACUCUGACUGACUGUCCCUCCAUCACAUACACACACACACAUACACACACACACACAUACACACAUAUACACACAUACACACAGUUAGUGACAGUUUAUAGACGCAGACACACACAUCAGUCUGCUUCAUCAUUUUCAUCAUCAUCAGUCGUCUCUCAUCUGUCCAUCAUGCACAGCAAAGAACAGAUCAGUCAUGACGAAUACCAGAAAACAGCCGAUUGGUUGAUGUCUCAGACGAAGCACCGCCCCCAGGUGGCGAUCAUCUGUGGGUCUGGACUGGGCAUGCUCGCUGACACCCUCAAGUGUCAGGACUCCUUCGCUUACUCUGACAUACCGGGCUUCCCGCAGAGCACAGUGCAAGGUCAUGCAGGUCGGCUGGUUUUCGGGGAGCUGAAGGGGAAGUCGUGUGUGUGCAUGCAGGGUCGCUUCCACAUGUAUGAAGGACACUCACUCUGCAAGACAACGUUUCCAGUUCGAGUCUUCAAGUUGUUGGGGGUGGAAACUCUGAUUGUGACGAAUGCCGCUGGCUCAUUGGCCGAUGGCCUGCAGCCUGGUGACAUCAUGAUCAUCAAAGACCACGUCAACUUCCCCGGAUUAGUCGGUCUGAACCCGCUGAGUGGACCCAACGACGACAAGUUCGGGCCUCGUUUCCCCGCCAUGUCAGGUUGCUAUGACAAAGGCCUGCGUUGCUUAGCGAUGGAGAUCGCUAAGCAGCUGGGUGUGGCCAGCCUCAUGCAGGAGGGCGUGUACGCCAUGGUGGGCGGGCCCAACUUUGAAACCAUCGCUGAGGCCAGACUGCUGCAUCGACUGGGAGUGGACGCUGUCGGUAUGAGUACGGCUCCUGAGGUCGUCGUGGCGACUCACUGCGGUCUGAGAGUCUUCGGCCUCUCUCUGAUCACCAACAAGGUUGUGAAAAGUUAUGAGGACUCGGAAAGUGUGAACCAUGAAGGCGUCCUGGAGGUCGGACGGCUGCGCUCUCAAACUCUACAGCAACUGGUGACUGAACUGAUCAGCAGGAUGGAGAUCAAUAACAACAACACCAAUAACGCUCUCUGAACACACACGCACACACACACACACUGUGUAUAUAUUUGAUUGUUGUUUACGACAUAUUUUAUAGCUUACUUCUUUUUUUAGUUUAUCAUCCUUUAUAUUAUUUUAUAUCUUUGCUGUUAUAAAAACUUUAUUUAUAUCAACAUGGUGCCUAAUAAUUCUCUAUCAGGGUAAAUCUGAAUGUAAGUAUUCAUUUAUGAUAUUUCAUUUUAAUCCUAUAGAUUAAUAUAACGAUGACCACUGUGUUUAAUGGUGCUUUAAUAUAAAAAGAAUAAUUUAAAAAAAGUUUUUCUCUUGUACAAUGUUGUAAAGAAUUUCACUGAUUUCUUGAUACACGUUAAUCUGAUUAAAACAUGCUGCCAGACCUGUGGUUUUCUGUUUGUGUCGAUCAAUAUGUAGUUUUUCUAAUGUCCACUAGAUGCUGCUGUGAUAAAACUGUAUUAGACUCUAUACAGAUACGUUGACCCGUCAUAGGCUAAUCAGUCGUCCAUACUUGCUUUUUUCAUGUGUGAUAUUUGAGAUGAGGCUUGAGAUUGACAUGCAGAUUAAUUCAACAUCAGCAGUAAUGCGCUGUACCAGACUGUCAUGGUGAAGCCAAAGCUAAACCUGAACACAGAGCUCUUCAUAUACCAGCCAACGUGCGCUCCAACUCUCACAGGUGUUCACAAGUUUUAUAUAGUGAAUGGGCAGGCUCACCCUCAGAGAGUGAGUGAGGAGUUCAGGCAGCCAGAUGUAUCUCAGAGCACAACUGCUGCUCCUUCACACCGAGAGGAGCCAGUGGAGGUGAUUCAGGCAUCUAAUUAGGAUGCCUCCCAGAUGUCUCCUUGAGGAACUAUUUGAGGCACCUCCAACUGGGAGGAGACCCCAGGGUGGACCUACAACAUGCCGGACAUACUGCAUAUCCAAAUAAGGCCUGGAAAUGUUUCAAGAUCCUCCAGGUAGAGCUGGAAGAUGCGACUAGGAAGAGAACGUUUAGGCUACCUUUCUUAGUCUGCUGUGACCGCGACAAAAAUCCAGAUAAGUUGUGUGAAACCAAUGGAUAACAUCAGAAAGAAGUUUGUGCUCGUCAACUGUACAUCUGCUUUCAUGGUGUCACACACAUUCGGUUAAUUUAGAUAUUUACAGCACUCUAGCAGAACAACGUCACUCCAGGCUCAUGUGUGUGUGUGGACAGCAACACAGUGUUCAAACCAAACAUUAGUUCCUUUUCUAUACAACAGAUCACCAACACUUUCCUCAGUAUAGCCUUACUAGGAUUAAAAAGAAAAAAGGCAAAAUUGCAAUUAAACAAAAAUGACCAACAAUGAAGAAAAAAGCUGUGGACUCUGCAGCCGGUACAACAUAAAUACAUUCAUCAAAUAACCUAUAAAGUAGCAGCAUGGCAGAUAAGGAUGAGCAAUAAUAGCCGCGGCUGCAGCUCACAAACAUAUUUAAGUAACUGUGUAGUGCACACACACAUACAAUGCUACCUGGCAACAUGCAUCCAUAAGGGGCUCUGUCUCUAUAGAUCCAUCUAAUCGACAGGGUCAACAUCAAAUAAACCUUCUGCAUAAUGUCAACUUGUGUCUUCACUGAUUGAAAUACAGACAGGAGCAAAAAAUUGAUAAGUGAAUUAAUAAAAAAGUUUCUUGCCAUCAACCAAACGUUUACUUUCGUCUGACAUGUUUCUGCGUAUAUGAUGUCAAAGUCGGCAAGUUGUGUACCAAAAUUUUUGCAGACUUUCUGAGUUGUUGUUCCAACUUGAGGGGGUGUUCACGUGAAGUUUCCCGGUCGGGAAAUCUUUUUUCCGAUUAUUUCAACACCACAUGAACGCAGGGUUAGUUCACGUUGUAAAGUAAUCCACCAAGAGAGUGCGCUUGCAUGUAUGUGAUUGCCUAACGCAGCAUCUUGCCAGAUGAUGUCACAUCAAGGCCUGAUUCAACUUUUUUUUGCGGGAGCUCUCUG